AUGGAACAUACGUUCAACCACCAGAAGUGGGAUCCGAUAAGGAAGGCAUACCCAGCAUACUGGAAACUUUGGAAAGAUACGCUCUUAGAUCGUAUGGACUUCGAUAUGCCUCCUCCUCCUCCUCUUUCACCUGGCAGUGACGACUCGUCUCCUUCUCCACCUCGACCUCCACGUUCGCCUCGCGAGAGGCCCCCCACGCCCGUUGACCCCUACGGCGCAGAGCGCUCAUAUCUUCGGGUACCGGCAACGGCAUUUUUUUGGUCAUCACCUUCAUUGCCCUGUUCGCCGCGCUCCAAUGAGCUGGACAAAGCGGACCAUUCCAAAGGUCAGGCUGCAGCCUCCCCGCGUUCUGUCACUGUGCUUCCAAUGCAGGAUCUCAUCAUUAUUCGGCCCUCGAGUUGGACCCCGCAUAUACAUGAGGGUUACUGGCAAGCGCUUGAACACGGGUUUCCAUUUGGGGCAAAGAAAUAUGGCUUUCCUGGAUUUUGCGGAUGGAAAGGUUUUGCCAUUGAGUACGAUCCAAGCUGGGGCGAAAGGCAAACAUGGGGCGCCACUUGGCGUGAUGACUCUAUUUGGCUUGAUGAUGGUUCCUUUAAGUUGCCUGACGGUACCGUUGGUGUCAUGGACAGUAUCUACAAGGCCGUUUCAAACUUUGAGCAGAUUCAGACGAUUUGGCUCAUUGACUACCGACUCAAGGCUAAGCAAAAUACACCCGCAGCCAUCAGAAGGCUGGAUAGCAGCCAGAAGGUGUUUUAUGGAGGUGACGGGUGCCAGUUCGUAGAAGUGUAUCGCGAGUUUGUUGAAAGUGGCGGUGGUUAUCUUAAUGAGUAUUACACCGAGGGCAUUGAUGGUGAAAACUCAGCCAUGAGCCAAGGAUCGUGCCAUUGGUUUAUUGAAGAGUUUGAGGUUCGCAUGUUUGGGGAUCUCUACGACAGCGACGAGUCGGUCGAUUCAAAUUACUCGAGGUAUCCUCCGCAUAUUGGCCUACUGGCCUGCCUGCCCUAG